AUGCAGCUCCAGCGACAUUCAUGCGAGUCUCUCACGCCCCAGCAGCUUAGUGAGUGGUAUACUAGUUGGGGCUGUCGCGGUAGCCGUCGUAGCUGUCGCCCUGGAGCUGGUCAGUUGGGGGCCUCUAGCAGUGGCCAGCUGCAGCUGCAGCGGCGUCCACGCGAGACACUUACGUCUCGGCAGCUCGAGGAGUGGUACGCUCAGAGUAGAGGGUCUUUCAGUCCAGUCCGCUGCCGGUACGUCAUUCGCACAGGUGAUCGAGCUGGUCAGACCUGCGGGACGCCUGGUCACACACAGUCCCGCUGCUUCGCCCGCCUGAGCGACGCCUGGCGUACCGAGUUUGGUGACGAGGCUGAGCUCCCCACCUGGCUGGAGCUGCUUAGCCAGAGGGUAGAUAUCUUUGCUCUUGACUAUGAUGUUAUUCUCACUGCCAUGUAUGCAUUGCCUACUAGUGCUGACCGAGCCUGUUACCUGUGCGUACCGCCUGACCCAGGUAUAGAGCCUGCUGCUCUAGGUGCUAGUGAGGCUGCUGCUCUAGGUGCUCGUGCGUCGCCUGCUCUAGGUGCUGGUGAGGCUGCUGCUCUCGGUGCUACUGCGUCUUCUGCUCUAGGUGCUGGUGAGGCUGCCGCCCCAGGUGCCUGUGAGUCUGCUCUCUCUGGUACUGCGCCUGCUGCGGCCUUGCACACCUUCACCCUCGACUCAGGAGCUUCCCGCUCCUUCUUUCGCGACUGCACCACACUCACGCCGCUUAGUCGGCCGGUUGCAGUCUCCCUGGCGGACCCCUCUGGGGGUCCUGUCGUUGCCCGCUACUCCACGGUUUUGCCGUGUCCGGCCGUCCCAUCUGGCGUGCUGUCAGGUCUUUACCUCCCCUCGUUCUCUACGAACUUGGUGAGUGGAGCUGACCUCCAGGAUGGGGGAGUUGACCAGUUCACUCCUGCGGGUCAGCGGGUGACUCACUGUACGUGUGCUAGGACGGGCCGACACCUGGCCACGUUUACCCGUGCGCCUGGCUCGAGUCUGUACACACUGACCACUGCGGCCCCUCAGGUAGCUGCGUCUGCGUCUGCGUCAGGUCAGCUGUCGGCCCCCUGCGAGUGUCGUGCUUUGUCGCACCAGACCCUCCUGUGGCACCACCGCCUUGGUCACCCCUCGGUGCAGCGCCUUCGUGGCAUGCACUCUCGCUCUCUGGUUUCUGGUCUCCCCAGGACUCUGCCUGCCCUCCCUCCCUCGCCUGCGCCUCCUUGCAUUCCCUGCGUCGAGGGACGGCAGCGCGCCGCUCCUCACUCCUCCUCGUUCCCUCCCACAGAGGCUCCCCUGCAGACUCUCCACCUGGACGUGUGGGGCCCAGCCCGCGUCCGUGGACAGGGCCACGAGCGGUACUUCCUGCUGGUCGUCGACGACUACAUGCGUUACACCACGGUCUUUCCCCUGCGCAGCAAGGGGGAGGUCCCUGCUGUUUUGAUCCCUUGGAUCCGCGCUGCCCGUCUCCAGCUCCGCGAGCGGUUUGGGACGGAGUUUCCCGUCCUGCGUCUGCACUCUGACAGAGGUGGUGAGUUCUCCUCAGACCUCUUGGCAGCCUUCUGUGCGGAGCACGGCAUCACCCAGUCGUUCACGCUUCCGGACUCUCCGCAGCAGAAUGGGGUUGCUAAGCGCCGCAUUGGCUUAGUCAUGGAGGUCGCUCGUACCUCCAUGAUCCAUGCGGCUGCCCCCCAUUUUUUGUGGCCGUUUGCAGUCCGGUACGCCGCGCAUCAGCUCAACCUCUGGCCCCGUGUCUCCUUGCCGGAGACCUCGCCCACACUGCUGUGGACGGGGAAGGUUGGCGAUGCGUCGCGUUUCCGGGUCUGGGGUGCUCGUGCCUUUGUCCGCGAUACCACUGCGGACAAGCUCUCCGCCCGUGCAGUUCCCUGUGUCUUCCUUGGCUUUGUCCCUGACGCGCCUGGUUGGCAGUUUUACCACCCCACCUCGCGCCGUGUCUUUGCGUCUCAGGACGUCACGUUCGACGAGUCGGUUCCCUUUUACCGUCUCUUCCCCUACCGCACUGCCCCUCUCCCUCCCCCGCCGCUCUUCCUCGCUCCAGGUGCUCCCCAGGUCGACCCUCUCCCCGCUCCAGGUCCUGCUCCCUCAGGUGUGUCUCAGGUAGACCCUCCUCCCUUCCCUGCGCCGGUUGAGGUCACUGGUGACUCAGGUCCUACUGGGGGUGGUCCUGCUCGGGGUGCUACUUCUGGGGGUGCUGAGUCUGGGGGUGCUGAGCCUGGGGGUGCGGAGCCUGGGGGUGCGGAGCUUGAGGGUGUCGAGCCUGGAGGUGCUGAGCCUGCGUGUGAGGGGUCUGGAGGUGCUGGAGCUAGUGGUUCUGGGGCUGCUGAGGGUGCGAGCGCUGGAGGUUCUGGAGCUGCUGGAGGUCCUGGUGCUGGUGGCGCUGGAGCUGCUGAGGGUGCUGGCGCUGAGGGUUCAGAGUCUGCUGUUGCGCGGUCUCCUUGGAGUAGCCGCCUUCGUCCACGUGUGCCUCUCACCUCGCAGCAGCUGCACGACUGGUACGGUCGCCGUCAGGGUCGCGCUGCUGGAGCCCGGGGCUCUACUGCUGGAGGUACUUCUGCUGCCGUCCCUGGAGCUAGGAGUGGUGCUGGUACUGUUUCUACUGGAGGUGCUGGAGUCGCUGGUCCCGGAGGUGCUCGUACUGGAGGUACUGGAGCUGCUGGGGCUGAGGGUGCUGCGUCUGGAGGUGCUGCUGCUGGAGACACCGAGGCUGGAGACCUUGGGACUGGAGGUGCUGGUUCUGGGGGUGCUGCUGCUGGAGACGUGGAGGCUGGAGACCCUGGGACUGGAGGUGCUGGUUCUGGGGGUGCUGCUGCUGGAGACGUGGAGGCUGGAGACCCUGGGACUGGAGGUACUGGUUCUGGGGGUGCUGCUGCUGGAGGCACUGGGGUUGGAGACCCUGGGCCUGGAGGUGUCGGUUCUGCUACUGGAGCUUCUGGAGCUGCUGGAGCUGCUGGAGCUGCUGGGGGUACUGGAGCUGCUGGAGCUGCCGGUUCUGACGGGUAG